GUUUACUACGAAAAAAGUUGAUAAAUUUAAGUGCAGGAUAUACAGAUCUGUUAUUCACAUCAAUUUACCGAAUACUGUAAUACUGCGUCGAAAACGCUACUAGAAAUUAUGAGAUUUAAAGCAUUCUUGCUUAUACUUUUUUUUGUAUUUACUAUAAUCGGUGGUAUUAAUGCAAAAUGGAGAUCUUCCGGAAGAUCAAGCGGUGGUAGUCGUUCCGGAUCCUACGGAUCAUCUCACAGAACUUCGUCUCAUCAGAGCACUAAUGCUGGAUCAUCUCGAGGUAGUUAUGGAUCUUCACCGAGUCAUACGUCGAUAUCGCAUGUACCAACAUCUUCGGCAGGUCACAGACCUAGUGGACACGAAACCCAGUCCAGACCAAAUCCUGUCUCUCACCCAAUAGGAAGUUCAUCCGGACCAGUAACUCCACAACAUAGUAAAGAUAUUAACACUCAUUUCUUAAGUGCUGAAGGUGGAGGAGCCAGACGACCAGUUCAAACAAACGCCGCUGGAACUUCCUUUGGAACAUCGUAUCCACCUGUCUCAACUCAAAAUAAACCAACUGCACCUGCUAUUCAACCAACUGCACCGAAAGAACAAGUUAUAAGACCUACAGGAACAUACCAGAAUCAAGGUAGCAAUGCUCCCUACAUUCCAGGCCAUUCUACCACGGGCCAAACAAGGCCUCCAUGGAGCAAUCCCCAUUUGGGCACGCAUCGCUCAAAUUCAUCAAGUCAAACUAAUACACCAUGGAGCAAUCCCCACAUGGGCACGCAACGCUCAAAUUCAUCAAGUCAAACUCAUACACCAUGGAGCAAUCCUUAUGGAAGUGGUAGUCCAUCGAGUGUACCAAGCCCGACGAAUUAUCCAUAUAAUCCUUCUUCACCCGUUAAUCCCAUAGCGCCGUCUGGUUAUCAACCACCUCCGAUCGGAUUCAAAGAUCAUGUCUAUCCGCAGAAUCAUCCGACAUCCAUGAACUCUCCAUACGGUCAACCACAAAUGGGAGGGCAUUAUCCUCAUAGUGCACCACCACCGAGCGGUCCUUGGCCAACACAUUCUUACCCUCCUCCAAAUUAUCACCCAAGCGCAAUGCCAAUGGGAAAUCCUUAUUCUUUACAUCCUUCUGGAGGCGCCUAUCAUGCUCCUGGACAAGCUAACUAUCCGCAACAACCACAAGUUCUUGCACAGCCUGCAUCGCAGCCAUUUAUACCCGGUCAAACUGUCAUAAUGGUUCCGGGACAGCAAGAUUCUGGCCGGGGUUUCGGUCAACUGGUCAAGGAAGCGCUUGUGUUUUCAACGAUUAAUGCAGGGGUGAACAGAUUGAUAAAUCCUCAUACUCAUUAUACGCCAAGUACAUCGGACAGCAGCAGCAGCAGCCAGCCAGCGGCUACAACCCAUGUUACUUAUAAUAACCAAUACUUUAAUACUCCGCCUGCAACGAACGGUGCACCGAAUCCUACUCCAAAUGCAGGAGCGGGUAAUAUGCCUUCUUCUCCAUUGGAAUACGGGAAUACAUACCCUACAAGUAGUCCGAAUGGCGGAGUAUCUAGUCCAGUAACUGGAACUGGUAAUGGAGGCGGUGGAAAUAUUGGAACUGUUAAUGGAGGCGGUGGAAAUAUUGGAACUGGCCAGACUGGAAAUAUUGGAAUUGGCCAGACUGGAAACGUCGCUCCACCUUCGACAGCUCAAACCAACGCAGCGAGCAAUCAAGGAAAUUUGUCCAACAAUUCUAAUACCGUCGCUAAUAUACCUUUUUAUAAAAUUUCAGACAAUGACCUUUUUACAAUAUCAGAAGACCUUUUUUCAAAAUCACUCGACGUAUCGAAAUACAUAAAGUUGAAUCUGCAGAAGCGUUCUACGUCUUCCAACAUCACUGACGAAGCUAAAGAACCACUGCUCGCCGUUGAACCGGAGUUGAUGCACUAUCCUUCGAUUUAUGUAACGCGAGCCCUGUACGAUAUGUACGGGCACGAUUUUCGCAAAAAAGUAAACCGUACGCUUCAGAUACGCGAGGAUGAGAAUCUUCUGAUCGAUACGUUCUUAAAUACAAACGUAAUGGGAAGGGCUAUGCAAUGGUUGGCCGAUCGUGGAUUCAUCGAUCCAGACGACUUCGAAAGAAAAGACGUUUUCCGUCGUAUCUGGUUCACCAUGUUCAGUGGAAGUACAUGCGGAUUCGAACGCGUAUUCGCAUCUGAAAAUUACGAUGUUGAUAUCGUCGGUGUGCAGGACUGGAUUUACUUUGAAACCGAGGAAUCUAAGAAGCAUAUAAAUUACAUGAGCUACGUGGAUGAAUUGAAAUUUGGAAAUAAGGCCUCGUUAUUGAAAUUAAACUUCGACAUGGAUGGAGUCGUUAGACCAAACGCAACUAUAUUUGUGGGUACUAUGCCCGAGUUGGAGAUGUCUUUAUACACAAUAUGUUUCUUCGCGAGACAAAACAAUUUGUGUCCAGUUUCGUUCGGUGGUACCAAGUUCAACAUUUAUACGCAUUCCUUUACGUAUUUUGGAAACGAAAUUAUAGAUCUUGCUUUUCCAACAUUCUAAUAUAAAAUAUAAAACCGUUUGGUACAACGCGUACUAAAUUAUAAUUCUAUUAUUAACUACAUUACUAUUAUAUAACAUACAAUAAUAAUUAUGAAAGAAUGGUAAUACGAUAAUGACAUAAAAUUACUUAUCCUGGGAAAACUAAACUGUAGUGUUU